AAGCUCUUUCUAUCUUCUGAUAUGUUUUAUCAGACAGAGAUGAGCAGAUCGGCUGUGAGAUUACGAGCAGCAGCAGGUGGAUUUGUCGUCUUCCUUCUCUCUUUGUCGGGGGUACAGGCUCAGAAUGACCGGGGAGUGACUUACUCUACCAAUCCAAUCUGUGCGUUCAAAGGAUCAACAGUGGAGCUAAGCUGCAGCUACAGGUACCCAUCAACGGUUAAUGGUUUGUCUACUACAGUCGCGAGGACUUUCUGGUUUACCAAGCUGCAGGAUGGAGAGCCUUUCGAUCUGAGGGCUGACUCUGAGUACGCCGGUCGAGUUCAGUAUCGUUGUGAUGAGACACGCUGCACUCUGAACAUCACAGACCUGAAGGAGAGCGACACGGCUGUGUACAAGUUCAGGUUAAUCACAAAUCACCCAGGCGGGAGUUUCACUGGCGAGCGUGGAGUCUCUUUGACGGUAACAGGUUUCCAGGUGCAGAAAAUCAGUUUAUCACCAUGCUCCAGUUACCCCUGCACAAAGGGGAAGCUUGAAUGUACCAGCAAAUGUGACCUACCUGGUCAACACUCCUACGUUUGGUACAAGAAUGGACAAGAAACGGAUAAGGAAAAAUAUUCUUAUUCUGAAAAUUACUUUUAUUCUGCAGCAAGUUAUUCUUGUACGAUAAAAGGAUAUAAAGCCUCCCCCUCGCCUUCAGUGUGUGCCCAUGGACAAUCAUGCAACCGAGUGACGUACACUGACAGAAGGAUCUGUGCAUUCAAAGGCUCAUCGGUGGACAUCUCUUGUACUUACAACAGCUAUGGGGCUGCCUCAUCAAAAUAUUGGUUCAGUCCUAAGCCCUAUUGGAGAUAUGUGCGACCUGAGAACCGAGCCCAGUAUGCAGGUCGUGUUCAGGUCUUUGAAACAGAGAGAGGACACUCCACUCUGAGAAUCUCUGACCUGAGAAGGAGCGACUCAGCAGAAUAUCGCUUUAAAUUCACUUCAAGAGGCUUUGAAUGGAGGAGCAGUUUACCUGGUACAACUCUGACUGUCACAGAUCCAGACUUACAGGUGCAGGUGAUCUGGUCCUCCUCCGGUCCAAAGCUGAUUUGCCACAGCAGCUGUAUUCUUGGCGGACGCUCUCCCUUUGUUUGGUUCAAGAAUGACACAAAAGUCAUCAAAGAAACAUCUUCAUCUUACAGAGGAUACGUCGACCCAGCAGACAUUUAUUCCUGCGCUUAUGAGAAUCACAGCUCCAUGCCAGUGUAUGCUCCAACGGCUCCCUCACUGCUCAUCAGUUCCACUGGUGACAUUAUGAAGGACACUUCAGUGACGCUGACCUGUAGCAGUAAAGCCAACCCAGCACCUAAAUACACCUGGUACAAGAAGAACCAACCACUGCUCAAUAAGGAGGCACAGCUUGUCCUCGAUGCCCCCCAGUCCUCUGACUCUGGAGAGUAUUACUGCACCGCUGAGAACGAGCUGGAGAGGAGGACAUCUAGAUUUGUUUUUGUUGAUGUGAGAUAUAGGCCAGAGUCUGCCACUUUGUCAGUGAGUCCCUCUGCUGAGAUAGUGGAGGGCAGUUCGGUGAAUCUGACCUGCAGCAGUGAUGCUAACCCAGCAGCUAACUACACCUGGUACAAGGGGAACCAAACACUACUGCAAGGAUCAGAGAGCAUUUAUAAUCUCUCCUCCAUCAGCUCUGAAGACAGAGGGAUCUACUCCUGCAAGUCUGAGAAUCAAUAUGGACGAGUCAACUCCACUUCCCUGUUUCUGGAUGUCCAGUAUGCUCCAAAGCUUCCCUCUGUGUCAGUGAGUCCCUCUGCUGAGAUAGUGGAGGGCAGCUCAGUGAAUCUGACCUGCAGCAGUGAUGCUAACCCAGCAGCUACUUAUACCUGGUACAAGGAGAAUGAAGACUCACCAAUAGCUGUAGGACCGGUCUUCACCAUCACUGACCUCAGAGCUGAACACAAUGGGAAUUAUUACUGUGAAGCUCAGAACUCAAGAGGACGUCAUAACUCCACCUUACAUCUGAUUUAUCUGGCAGGUGCAAGGAUAUCAGCAGCUUUAGGAUCCAUCACCGCUGUUCUCCUGGCUAUCAUAUUCCUUGCUUUCUUCUUAUGGACAAGGAGACCGAAGUCCUCCAUACAUCAGUCUAAAGCUGAAGAAGCGCCUGACAACAGAGUAAAGCCAGCCUUGGAUCCUUUGUAUGGUAAUCUGUCUGCAGCACAGAGACGAACCCAGGAGCAGCAAAGGGCUUUUCGUCACGCCAGUAUCCGCUUCUUCCAGAACCAGGCGGAUGUUCUCUACUCCAGCGUCAGGCCGGCUGGGCUCCACAGACAAACGCAGAAAAAGGACGAGGAGGAUGAGACUGAAUACACAAAUGUCACAAUUAACACUGCCAGUGGACUCCCAGGAAGAAGAAGUCAAGAAGCAGGAGAGGAGUCCUUCUGCUUGUACAGCACUGUCAAACCCCAUUAGACACAAACAUUAUUAUUAUUUAAUAGAGUUUGCAACACUGUGUUCCUGAGGACAGUCAUGGGCAUGUGCAGCAUCCAAGCAUGCAUGAAAUAUACAAACAUGUUGAGCAUUUGUAAAGUUUUCUUUUUUGUGCAUUUUUCUUAAGGGGUUGGUUUGUCCCCAAUAAUACAAAAAAAAAAAAGCCUGACUAAAUUCAAUAUGAUACCUAUACUGACUAUGCAUUGGUUUGAAUCAUUGACAUUACAAAAAGACAGCAAGACCGCCUCCCCAAAAUGGAAGUGAAAACCUCUUGAAAGCUUCCUGGUGACUGGUUGUAGUAUAAGUCUUUAAAUCUGCCUCCAUGCCUUCAUAAAAACAUAUCGCUCAUGGGUCAAAAUAUGAAAUAAAAAUAUACAUUAAAUACA